CGAUAACCAGAACUAUUUCCUAUCUGUAAUAUAGUCAAAUACUGUUUUCACUUUAUUUCCGAUUUGGCUAGUUUCACAUACUAAAAGCUUUGGUCAUGAAUCCCAGCGAUCACUCGCCUAUUCAUAACACUGAAGAAUCUUCCCAAGAAUCUACUACCGACAAUAAUGUGCUCAGUAGCCAUUCACUUAUGGAAUCAAACGGUGAGCUUGUGCAAGAACUACAGAGCAACAUUAAUGACCUAGACCAGAAAAUGACAGAUGUGGUCAAAAGUAUAACGAGCUUAAAGCAACGGAACAUUAUAGUGGAUAAGGAAGACACUAUAAAUUCAUUGAAAGCUAUUGAGCCAAAAAUAAAUCAGAUGCAAAGCGAUAUUAAUGAAUUAAAAAAAUUACUCGACUCAACCAAGAAUCUAAAUUUGUCAAAUUUCUCAAAAGAACAAAAUGAUAAGCCAUUUGAAGUUUCUGGACCCAAAGACUUUGAAGCAGUUUUCCAGGACAUCCCCUCCGCUGGUAUGGGUUGGAUGAUUAUCCAGCGUCGUUUUGAUGGAAGUGUCUCGUUUAACGAGAUGCAGCUACAGUAUGAAAUUAGUUACAAAAACGGAUUUGGAGACCUUCGAAGUGAAUUCUGGAUUGGUUGUGAAAAGCUCCACUUGUUGACUACCAGCCGAAGACACGAAUUGUACAUCCAACUUAAGGACUUUGAUAAUGUUACUUCAUUUGCUAGAUAUGAUAACUUUGUGAUUGGCAGCGGUUACGAAGGUUACUGUAUAAAAUCCCUCGGUACAUACUCGGGGAAUGCCGGCGAUGCAUUAUCGGCCUCUCUUGGCAAGAAAUUCAUUCACCAGAGAGCAUACUAUGAAUCUUACGACGCCUCAUUUCGUUGGUCUUGGUGGGGGGAAACUCCACACUGUAACUUAAAUGGUUUCUACCAUCGGUCCAAAAUCAAUCUCACAGAUCUUAAUGGAAUUUGGUGGGGUUAUACGAAGCAGAAGAGAUAUUCUCUCAGGUCAUGUAAAAUGCUUAUCAGACCAAAGCUUGAUUUUUAAUUCUAGCAUAAAGCUAUCAAUAAUGUUUCAAUGAUUUUUAAUAAAUAUCACAUUU